AUGGCGCCUUUUGAAGCAUUAUACGGACGACCUUGCAGAUCGUCGAUUUGUUGGACGGAAGUGGGUGAUGCAAAUCUAAUAGGGCCCGAACUUGUUCUAGAAACUACUGAGAAGGUCAAAUUGAUCCGACAACGGUUAAAGAUUUCCCAAGACCAUCAAAAGAAUUAUGCAAACAGGAGGAGAAGACCAUUGAUGUUUGAAGUAGGCAGCCACGUGUUCCUAAAGGUACAACCCAGGUGUGGAGUCGUACGUUUUGGGAGAAAGGGGAAGCUGUCGCCACGAUAUAUUGGACCUUUUGAGGUAUUGGAAGGAGUGGGCGAAGUAGCAUAUAGAUUAGGUCUACCCCUGCAGUUAGCAAGGAUACACAACGUCUUCUAUGUAUCCCUGUUGAGAAAAUACAUCGUUGACCCGACACACAUCCUCAAAUGGGAAGAGAUCAGUCUUAACAAAGAUGUUACGCUUAAAGAAGGAUCGGUAGCAAUACAAGAUCAUCGAGAAAAGAACCUUAGAGGCAAGACGGUUCACUUGGUAAAAGUGCUAUGGCGUCAUCGGGGAGUUGAGGAAUCUACUUGGGAACGUCAGGAUUGGGUGAAGGCAAACUACCCCGAGCUUUUCGAAGACACUAUGUAG